UUCUAGCUCAAAAGCAUGGAACUUAGUACAGAGCACAAAGCAGGCAGAGAGGAGGAGGAGAGCCAAAGAGAAGCAAAUAGUCGGUGGGGAGGGGAAGAGGUUAGAGCUUUGCUAGUGGUGUGGAGGGAAAGAGAGGCCUGGGAUGAGACUGAGAGCAAGGCCAAGUAUGAGGCCAUCUCGAGCCGCCUAAAAGAGAUGGGCGUGCACAGGGACAGGCUGAGCUGCCAGGCACAGAGCAGAGCCAUGGCACUACCUGAAUGGAGACCUCCAGCCAUUCGUACGUCGCUGGACAACACCAUAACCCAAAGGUCUUACGAGAUGGACGAGGAACAGAUCAGUCCUGCCAGCAGGAGACAGGGCAACUCUUCUCUGAGCAACUUUCAGGAGGGGAGUGCAGAUCAGCAUUUUGUUCCUCUCUCAGGUAUGGAGGGAGGGAGACACUGGUCUGAUAAAGAGAUUCGGGCUCUCCUUAACAUCUGGGCUGACAGGGAAAUGCAGGUUCGGCUGCAGAGCACCCACCGAAACAAGGCCAUCUUCCAGGAGAUGGCACGCCGCCUGGAACUCCAGCAUGGGGUCGUGCGGGACUGGAGACAGUGUCGCACCAAAUACAAGAACCUCAAAUAUGACUACAAGGUCAGCAAGAAUCAAGGUCGAACAAUGCGCUUCUUUGCAGAGGUGGAUGCAAUCCUGCAGGGCAAGGACAUUGAGGAUUUCCUAGAAGAGGAAGAGGAUUCUCCCAGGAAAGAUCCAGAGGGAGACCAAGCAGAUGAAAGAAGAGAUCCAGGAGAAGCUAACUAUAUUAAGAUUGAUGAUGAUGAGAGUCUGGCAGAUAUGCAAACAAUAAUAAAUACCGGUUCUCAUCACCUCAUGACAAAAGAUACAGGUUCAAGUGUAUCACCAGGUGCUAGAAGGACUUCAGACGAGGAGAACGUGAUCACCGUCCAUGAUUCGGGCCGAAAUUGGUCUGAGGAAGAAGUGGCAGCGCUGCUUAAUAUCUGGGCUGAGGAGGGAAUUCAGCAGCAGCUGCAAGGCUCGACUCGAAACAAGGACGUGUUUGUGCAGAUAUCUCGCCGUCUCCUUCAGCAGGGUGUAGAGAGGGACUGGAAACAGUGUCGUACCAAAUACAAGAACCUGAAAUAUCUGUACAGAUCCUUGCAGAGGGGCAAGGCUGAUAUCGGAGACACCCGGCGCAUCAUGAAGUUUUAUACACAGCUAGACAACAUUCUGUCCCGGCCAGUCAGAGGCCUAUACAGAAACCAGGAGAUGUUCAGUCCUCCCACGUUAGACGAGCACUCCAUCUGCGAGGUGCCUGCACAUGAGGACAGUGACAUCAUUGCCAUCGGUUAUGAUCAGCGGGCCAUGGAUGAUACCAUGUUUAGAAGGUCUCCAGGCUUUGGCGCCGCUAGAACAGACAGCAUUUUGAGGCCAGAGGAACUCCCUGAGACAGACUACGAAACAGAGGAUCAGUUAAAUGACAUGCUGGUGAGGUCUAAAGAUACAAGAUACGAGGAACAGCCUUUGUCCAGACAUUCUAUUACAGCAGGUACAUAUGAAAGACGCCAGGAAUAUAACGGAAACUCAGGUGAUGGAGAGACAACAUUCACAGAAAGAGAGCAUGCUGUGUCACGAAGAGGAAAAAAGCGGAAGGCCACAGAGGAAGAUUACAGCAUUUUGAACAAAAGGUUUCAGGAAAGUGUUGAUGACGGAGACAGCAGCACAGACUGGUCUGAGCACAUCGACUAUCAGUGCAAAGAGGAGCAGGAUCAGUACAUUCCGAUUAUGGAGAUCAGCUCUGUGCGCUCUAUGGCCGACAACACCGAUAACCUGGACAAGAAAAUUGUAACCGAAAUGGCGUCGACAGGAGGAGAUCUGAAGCUUGGCAAAAAGCUCAGCGAGGGCAAGACCAAGCAGAUCUUUGAGCUGCUAGACAUCCCAGGCCAGGUUCUGGUCCAGUCCAAAGACCAGAUCACGGCGGGCAACGCAGUGAGGAAAGACCAAAUGGAGGGCAAGGCAGCAAUCUCCAACAAGACCACCAGCUGUGUCUUCAAGCUCCUACAUGAAGCUGGAGUUAAGACUGCAUUUGUAAAGCAGCAUUCGGAGACGGCGUUCAUAGCCAGCCACUGUGAGAUGAUCCCCAUCGAGUGGGUGUGUAGACGAAUCGCCACGGGCUCCUUCCUAAAAAGGAAUCCGGGCGUCAAAGAAGGCUAUCGCUUCUCACCACUGAAAAUGGAGAUGUUUUUCAAGGAUGAUGCCAAUAAUGACCCGCAGUGGUCUGAGGAGCAGCUCCUAGCGGCCGCCUUCGAUCUGGCAGGCCUGAAGAUCGGCCGCUGUGAGGUGGACAUCAUGAGUAAGAGCACAGUGGCUAUCUUUGAGAUCCUGGAGAAGGCCUGGGCCACCCAGAACUGUACGCUGGUAGAUAUGAAGAUCGAGUUUGGUGUAGACGUGUCGACCAAGGAAGUGGUGCUGGCUGAUGUGAUCGACAACGACUCAUGGAGACUCUGGCCGGCUGGAGAUCGCAGCCAACAGAAAGAUAAGCAGGUUUAUCGUGACUUAAAAGAGGUCACACCUGAGGCCAUGCAGAUGGUCAAGAGAAACUUUGAAUGGGUGGCUGAAAGAGUACAGCUGCUCCUGGAGUCACAGGCGAGCGGGAGAGUUGUUGUACUGAUGGGCUCUACAUCUGACAUGGCUCACUCUGAGAGGAUUCAGAAAGCUUGCGGCUCCUACGGGAUCCUCUGCCAUGUCCGUGUCACGUCUGCGCAUAAAGGCCCUGAUGAGACCCUUCGCAUCAAAUCAGAAUAUGAAGGUGAUGGCGUCCCAACCAUUUUUGUAGCCGUAGCAGGGCGGAGUAAUGGUUUAGGUCCGGUGAUGUCAGGAAACACAGUUUAUCCUGUGAUUAACUGUCCUCCUGUUACAUCAGACUGGGGAGCUCAGGAUAUCUGGUCAUCUUUACGCAUGCCCAGUGGUCUGGGCUGCUCAACAGUUCUCUCUCCAGAUGCAGCUGCCCAGCAUGCCGCUCAGAUCCUGGGCCUGACUGAUCACCUGGUGUGGGCUAAACUGCGUGCCUCUAUGCUCAACACCUGGAUCUCUCUGAAGCAGGCUGACAAGAAGCUUCAGCAGUGCAGCAUCUGAACACACAGCACUUCCGUUUUAUUUUAAGCCAUUCCUGCUGUUUAACCAUUCCAUAACACACUACCGCUAAGGCAUUUCACAUUAUUGAGGCUUGUCAUCUAGAGUCUGAAAAUAAUCUCUGUUGUAGAUGGAACUAAUAAAUGCAUUUACAGAAAA